AUGCAACCGGCUUUCUUCCUACUCGUGCUGAUUGCUGUGUCUUUAGCGGUGGAUUGUGCACCAAGGCUCCAGGACCCAGAGCGACUAGUACCACCUCAGCAGAGCAACACAGGAGCACGUGCAGAUGCAUCUGCUGGUAUGAGACACUUCUACUUGGAGCUGAGUGAAGCAAAAAGAAAAGGGACUCACAGACCUUCUCUGGUGAUAUUGCCAGUAAGAAGAGAAACAAGCAACUUCGUGUCAAUAUUUGACUUGAGAAGAAAGCGGUUUGUGUGCAUGGACGGAGAGGGAGAGCUGUUCAACUCUAAACAAAAGAACAGAGAGGAUUGUCUCUUCCAACGCAUUUGGUUAGAUUUUGACAACGACCAUGACGUGUUUUACUCGGCGAGUGGAGCUCGACUGUUCACACUCAAAGCAGCUGAGCUGCGAGUUUCUCACCAGGAGCCACCUGAACCUCCAUCCCCCCUGGUGCAGAGGCUCCUGGGUACUUUGGUUAAGAGACAGAGGAGGAGUGAGGAGGUGAACCCUUCAGAUCCUCUACAAACAGAGUCACAUCCCUCACUCUCUUCCAAAGAUCACAAAGAUGCAGAUCAGAGGCAGCCCGAGCAGGACCAAACUGGAGCUGUCUCCAAAGAGACCAUCGCGUCUUGUGAUGACCCCCUGAGGGUUUUACAAUCCAAUGGACCCGUCAGCCCCGUCAAGACUAACAUAGCAGAACGGGCAGAACAAGACUAAGACACUGAACUUGAUAUCAAGAGACGCUGGGAGUGUGUGUCAUGAGACCUCCCUCUGUGUGUGACUUCUACUCCUGGUUUGUGGACUGCAGUGUCAGUGAGUCUCAGAGUGACUGACAGUAGAGUCAGACGGACAGAGAGUCCUUGUUAUCUGUUGAUGAAAACAUUCAGAUUUUACACACUCUAGAAAAGGUGAUCACUUUUUUAUAGACUAUUUGGCUAAAGUUUUCCAGAGCUGGUUUUCAUGGAACGAUGAUGAUUGGUAAUGGCCUCCAUGUUACAUCACAGCUACUUCCAAAGGCCUCUGUUUGAAUAGCACAUGAAGGAAAGGUUUGCCAACAUUUGACAUAAUCAGGCAGCAAGUUUGGUCCAGCGUCCUGCUGUCCUUUAACCUCCUUUGUCAGUUAAAUUUUAAACCAUGGGCCAGA